AUGUCAUUGGUAUCCCAUUUGAUGUACACUUUAGAUGUCCUCAAAACACGCAAAAAGCAUGGUGUUGAUGAGGCCAUGAAGUUUUUUCAACAGGAAUAUCGAUUGAACCACUUGAUUUCGCUAACCGGCCCCAAAAUAGCCCCUGUUCUCAGCAUAAUCGAUGGAUUGACUCUUGGCGGCGGUGCCGGUCUUUCCAUUAAUGCGCCUUUUUGUGUUUCCACGGAAAGAUCUGUGUUUGCAAUGCCAGAGACUGCGAUCGGAUUUUACCCAGACGUUGGAGCAACCAACUUCCUUCCAAAAUUAGAUUGCGGCCUUGGUGUUUUCUUGGGUCUCACCGGCGAACGUCUUCAUGGCCAGCAAAUUUAUCAUUGCGGAUUGGCUACUCAUUAUAUUCCUCAUCACCGGAUAGAAGACCUAAUUGCUAGGCUUUCUGGGCUGGACGGUUCAGACCCCAACUUCAAUUUGAUUCUAAACGAGUUUUCGGGCUCCUACUUGCCCGAGACGACAUUUAAAAUUUCGGAUAACUCUAUAGACUCAAACCUUCCCUCAAGACGAUUCAACAAGAGCGAUUGCUAUGAAGACAUAGCCUGCAAGCUAAAGAGGAUUUCUCAGGAAGCAAAGGGACCCUCUGCUGUGUAUUCCGAAAAAAUCCUCACAAAACUUCAAACGAUGUGUCCAAAUUCGCUGAGAAAGACGGUAAAAUUGCUUCGAGUUGGAGGUCAAUUAGCAUCGCUGGCCAAAUGCUUGACAAUGGAAUUGGCAGCCACAAGAUACUUCCUUUCUGGAGCUACGUUUGAGUUUGGCACCAAAGCUAAGCUGAUCGAUAAGCUCAAAAGGACCCCAGAAUGGCCAAUUGUGAACGAUUCUGACGAUCUAAAUGAAUUUCUGCGCGACCACAAAAUGCUUGCUGGAGAGAUCGUAGAGGAUCACAGUCAGUACCAUUCUUUUUUGCCCCAUUACACUCUUCCAAGCGAGAAAGAGAUUAGACGCCUCUUGAUAAGACAUAGCGGAGCCAAAGAGCUUGUCAAGCGAGAAAUUCUCGACAAAUAUUCGCCUUAUAAACUGGGUAUUAGUGAGCAUUUGGACUUGCUUUUUGAAUAUGUGGAAAUGCAAAAUAAAUUAUAA